UGAUAAAAAAAUAAUAAUAAUAACAACGCGGCUUUGAAGUUUGGAAGAAAUUAGAAAUGGGCUCAUGGGUCCAGAAUCUUUCGGAAAGGCCCAAGUUCGAGAAGAUCCACCGUUGGGUCUAUGAGUCAGUCGGAAAUUAAACGUAGGUUGUAAGAAAAUUUCAAUUUGAUCCUGAAUUAGUCGGAGAAAAGUUCCUUCGAGUUUCUUUGCGAGUUGCAUCGUCAUCGUCAUUGUCUAGCGGAGCCAUGGCAAGCCUUUAUAGAGGGCCAUCUAGAAAAGACAAACCUAGAGGACGCCACCAUGGAGGAUUAACUCAACAGAAGAAGCAAGAGAUUAAGGAAGCAUUUGAGUUGUUUGACACGGAUGGAUCAGGCACCAUUGAUGCCAAAGAGCUGAAUGUUGCCAUGAGGGCUCUUGGUUUUGAAAUGACAGAUGAGCAAAUCAAACAAAUGAUUGCGGAUGUUGACAAGGAUGGAAGUGGUGCAAUUGAUUUUGAUGAAUUUGUGCACAUGAUGACAGCAAAAAUUGGAGAAAGGGACACAAAAGAAGAACUCAUGAAAGCAUUCCAUAUCAUUGACCAUGAUAACAAUGGAAAGAUAUCUGUCACAGACAUUAGGCAAAUGGCAAAGGAUCUUGGUGAGAACUUUACUGAAGCGGAGAUACAGGACAUGGUUGAGGAAGCAGACCGAGAUCGUGAUGGAGAAGUUAGUGCUGAGGAGUUUAUCAGGAUGAUGAAUAGAACUUCAUAUGGUGGUCAUUAGAAGUUCAGGACAGCCUUUCAGAUUUCGCUUCUGGUCUAAUGUAGAAUUUGUCAUGUCGAGUAUGUAGUAUAUAUAUAAAAAAAAAUUGUCUUAAUGAACUUAUGGCAACUCCUGGAUUUGGCUUGUAUUAUGUAGCUUGUUUUCAAAAUAUGAUGUUAAUUUAUUAUUUAUGAACUAUUUAUUGUU